AUGGUAAAGAAGAAUUCUUCAAAAGGUAAAACUGAAGGUAUGACCAGUCGUCUACAACUGGUUAUGAAGAGUGGUAAAGUGUGUCUGGGCUAUCGUUCCACUGUAAAGUCAAUUAGGAAUGGCACUGCUCGUCUUGUAAUUAUAUCUAAUAACUGCCCAUCACUAAGACGUUCUGAGAUUGAGUAUUAUGCAAUGCUCUCUAAAACUGGAGUUCACCACUUCCAAGGUGGGAAUAAUGAACUUGGUACAUCAUGUGGUAAACUUUAUCGUGUAAGCUGUAUGGCUGUUGUAGAUCCUGGUGACUCAGAUAUUAUUAGGUCCUAUGAAUAG